UAUUUAGCAACGACGAUUGCAAUUGGCAUUCUAUCAUUUGUUUUAUUUUUUGUAUUCUUCUCCAAUCUCUCAUAUUUCAGCUCAGACAUUAUACAUAGACGCGUCUCUCUCUCUCUAGAGCCCACCAAUUCUGUCACAGAAUCACAGCAAAACACGCGAUCAAGGUAAAAAAGAUGCCGUUUUGCGAAGUGGGCAGGUACCAGAAAAUAGAUGGCGCGUCAGCAAACAGCAGCAACGGAAUCCAAAUUUUUUACAGAACAUACGGCAAAGGACCAAUCAAAGUUCUUAUGAUCAUAGGAUUGGCUGGGACCCACGAUUCCUGGGGGCCGCAGAUAAAUGGUCUGGCCGGGACAGUGAGGCCGAACGACGACGAGUCGCCGGCGGAAGAUCCGAGCGGCGGUGGGGCGACAGGCGUGGAGGUCUGCGCUUUUGAUAACCGUGGAAUGGGGCGGAGCUCCGUUCCCACCAAAAAGUCAGAGUAUACGACGAGUAUUAUGGCAAAAGAUGCAUUAGCUCUAAUGGAUCAUUUGGGAUGGGAAAAAGCCCAUGUGUUUGGCCACUCGAUGGGUGCCAUGAUUGCUUGUAAGCUUGCUGCAAUGGUACCUGAGCGCAUUUCAUCUUUGGCGUUGUUGAAUGUAACUGGUGGAGGUUAUGAAUGCAUACCAAAGUUUGACCGUAAAACUCUGUCAAUUGCUCUGCGUUUUCUGAGGGCAAAAACACCUGAACAGAGAGCAGCCGUUGAUUUAGAUACCCACUACUCACAGGAAUAUCUUGAAGAGUACAUUGGACUAAAGACUAGAAGAGCAAUUUUAUACCAAGAAUACGUAAAAGGCAUAUCAUCAACAGGUAUGCAGUCGAAGUAUGGAUUUGACGGUCAGAUUAACGCGUGUUGGACCCAUAAAUUGUCAAGAAAAGAGAUAGAAUCUAUCCGUAUGGCUGGAUUUCCCAUAUCAGUAAUUCAUGGCAGACAUGACGUUAUUGCUCAGCUGUGCCAUGCAAAACGACUUGCAGAGAGAUUAUAUCCAUCUGCAAGAAUGGUUGAACUUAAUGGUGGACAUCUAGUAAGCCAUGAGAGAACUGAGGAGGUGAAUAAAGCUCUUCUAGAGUUGAUCAAGGCAUCACAAAGUACGACAAGUUCAUACCAAUGGACAAAUCUGUCUACUAAAAGCAGUGGGUGCAAGGCUUCUCAGAUAUCGGCAUGGAGAGCAAUCAGUUCAUCUUUCAUUCUUGAAAGCGUAGAGAAGCUACAUAUUUUCAUGUUAUACUUUUUUGGCCUCUUUGUACUAGCCUUUCAGCAUUUGCGCAGAGGCGUGAUGAGGCUUAAGCCCGUCAAAGUAGAAGCAGUUCUUACAAACUAACAUUGGAGGAGGCUUUUCCCUACUGGAUUCGAUUUUUCUUCAUUUACAGAGUGUGAAUCUAGGCAUGGAUGAGUUAUAGGGAACAACAAGAUUAUUGCAAUUUUUAUGCUAUGGCGCUUCAUGUAAAACGCAGUCUAAGGCGGGUGCGAAGACAAGGGUUGUGUAUGGCAUGGCAAGGAACUUCUAGCUGUAUCCAGAAUGAAGAUCAAGUGCAAUAUCUGCACAAUUUUCUGUUUAUUCAAAUAAAGAUACCUUUUUCCUUCCCUUUUGGACUAUACAGAUACAGUGUAAAUUGUGAUACAUCAUAUAUUGAGCAAUGAAAUGUGAUUAUACUCA